AGCCAUUUUKUAUCUAUUGUUCGUUUUCUGCACUUUUUUGUCAAUAUUCCCUGGAUUAUCUCGUGAGAAUUUGCAAUUAGUCGAUGUCCCAGGUGAAAAUUGACAUCGGCAUAAAUUGCGAAACGUGUCUAAAUGGCUAAUAGGCGAAGAAGCACGAGAAUACGCGAGCGAAACCUGCCGGAAAUUCCCGAACACUCGCACGAUYACUCGGCGACCGAAAAGCUCGAGGAUCAGUAUUCAAAUUUGAAGGUUGUCGAACUGAAGAAACUGCUCAAAGGUCGUGGUUGCACAACGUCUGGACUGAAAGCGGAAUUAAUCGCACGAUUGAGACAGUUGGACGUUGAAGAGAAAAUCAGUGAUCAGGUUUUGCAKCCUUUGGAAGAAAUGCCAGAACGUGAAUUUAURAAUCACCAGACUGAAGCAGUUCAGAGAACCAUGAAGAAAGCAGGACUUGAUGCAAAUUCUGAUAGUCCAAAAAAUAACGGAGUGCAUCCUAAUGAUGCAAAUAGCAGGCAAAGUGAUAAUGAUUAUGAAGAACAAAUGAGAAAACAAAGAAGAAUAGACCAACGUGAACGACAUAAGAUUGUACUGUGGAGAAAACCAGUUGUUACRSUGACAUACUUCAUUCUUGAAUUAAUKAUUCUGCUUCAGGAUUAUAAAGAAAGGGUUUUGAAGCAUAGAAAAACAUGUUCCUUAAUUACCUUCAUUACUGUAUCAGUAUUGUUAGUCUACUAUGUCGAUGGUUCACAUCACAAGUAUUUGGAUCAAUUUGAGGCUUUUGGAAUACUUUGUGCCUAUUGGAUAGGUCUUGGUAUCCUGUCAUCUGUAGGAUUAGGAACUGGUUUGCACACUUUCUUAUUAUAUUUGGGUCCACAUAUAGCAUCAGUCACACUUGCAGCAUGGGAGUGCAAUAGUUUGGAYUUUCCUGAGCCACCCUACCCUGAUGAUAUACAAUGUCCAGAAAAUGGYCAUGUGUCAUCGACACCAGUCACCAUGUGGUCAAUAAUGAGUAAAGUCAGACUUGAAGCAUUUAUGUGGGGAGCUGGAACAGCUAUUGGUGAACUUCCUCCUUAUUUUAUGGCUAGAGCAGCACGAUUAUCAGGUAUAGAACCUGAUGAUGAAGAAUUAGAUGAAGUYGAAGAACUUGAGCGUAUGAARUCUACUGCUGGUCAAGAUAUUUGGACAAGAGCUAAGAAGUUUGUCCAUGACUUUGUAGAAAGAGUUGGCUUUUUUGGAAUUCUUGUUUGUGCAUCGGUACCAAAUCCUUUAUUUGAUUUAGCUGGCAUAACCUGUGGUCAUUGCCUUGUUCCUUUCUGGACUUUCUUUGGUGCAACAUUAAUAGGAAAAGCUAUCAUCAAAAUGCAUUUACAGAAAAGUUUUGUCAUCUUAUCGUUCAGUAAGCAUUAUGUGGAAUCUGUUCUCAAUUUUGUAGGUGGUAUACCAACAGUUGGCCCAUAUAUUCAGAAGCCAUUCAAAAUAGCUUUAGAAAAACAAAAAGAAAAGCUUCAUAGACGAAGUGGUGCUGGUGCAACCACAACRGAACCAAACAUUCUGGCAUGGCUCUUCGAAAAACUGGUUAUAGCUAUGAUUGUGUAUUUUCUUCUUUCAAUCAUCAACUCUACUGCGCAAGCGUACGCCAAACGUCUGGACGAGAAGAAAAGACAAGCUAUGAAAGUACGCUAGGAACCAGGAGGUCAUUUGUAAUCAUGUUUGUAGUGACUUUAGCCUAGUUUAGGCAAGAAAUAUGAUCUACAAACUAACUCUUAACUUAUCUAGGAACAUUGUUGCUUUUCAAGUUUUGAGUCGAUAUUUCUCUUUGCAUGUAACAGCGCUUAAAAGCAUUGGCAGAUUGUCACUCAACACARAACUGGACAUGUAAAAACGAGAAACGCUGAAGCUAAACUUGAAACGCAUCAAUGUUGUGCAACAAAAUUGAGGUUUUUCGUAUCUCGAUCGUAUCCUCAGCCUUUCGUCAUAUGUUAACAAAAUUCGACUUCCCCUCUUGAGAAUUAAUACUGUGAAUCAGGAGCCAAUUAUUACCUAGUAAUCGGCUCCUGUGUGAAUGCGGUUUUUACGUCAAAGAGGAUCAAUUCCACCAAUGGUUGGCGUUUAGAUUGUUUCCAUAACUAUUUGACAAAAAAUAUAUAUUUUUAAAUUCUCUAUUGCUGUUUCCCAGUGUUUUCUGUCCUACAAUAGUAUAUUCCUGACACGGACUUAKUGCUCAGGUCUUGUAUAAACACAAUAAGCAAAAACAACAGUCAGUCAAGCGAUACUAGUCUUUUGUGUUCAUACGUUUUAUGUUCACUGUGUGGAAGAAUUCAUACGAAAACUGGUGAAAAAAAAAGCGAAACAAAAACAAACAAUUAAAUAAGAGUUCAUUAUAUAUUUGAAAUAACUUGUACUAUUUAUGAUGAACGAUUUUAGUCUUUGUCAGUUUAUAAUAGCGUUUUCCUUGUAUACAGCAAUUUCAAAAAGCGUUGAAAACAAUACUGAAUAGUGCAUUCCAAGAUCGCAAUGCAUUGUUGCUGUUAAACUUCACGUCAUCACGACACAAACUUAAUGGCUUUUCAUUGAAGUCCUUGAUUGUGCCAAGCUAUUACUAACUGUUACUCUAAAACCAUGAAAACCCCUUUUUUACAACCCACAAUGCAUUGCGGACUUGGAAUAUACUAUUUUCAGCAUUCAACUUUUUCUAAAAUAGCUGUAAGGCUGAGAAGAGSCCAUUGAUUCUGAGGCUGUUUAGGAGGCGACCAACGUUCAGCUUUUACACAGGAUGAGCCAGCCCAAUAUAACUGGCUGAUUCUCGGUCCUUGAGAGCGUAAAAGCGAAACAAACGAGCCCGCAAGCUCUCUGUGCAGCCACGAAAUCCAUAUUUCGCUCCGCAACCUUGGAAUUAAAUUAUGUUAUAUAUCAUUGUAGACAAAACGUCAAGGAAAUGUUUUUAAUUCAUGUAAGUUCAAUAUUGAAGAACACUAAUUUAUGGAAUUGAUAAUUGUAAUUUCUCAAGAAAAAUAGAAAUAAAGUUUAAUUAACGAACUAA